AACCCUGCCUGACCGAAGAGAAGAACUGGCACGACGAAUGCGAGCUGCCCUGGCCUUGGCCAGCUUGGGCCUAGGCCCGACGGACCGGGGUCUCAAAGCCAUGUACUAAUGAGACAAAGAACGUGGCAGCUAUGCGUCGCCGCGGUACUGCAUGCUCUGCUUGCAGUCCGCGCCAGCGCGGACCUGCAGCUCAGCAACGGCACCUGUAAAGUCUUGGCGGCACAGGAGCAUGUUUGCGGCGGGGCCCUGGCGGAUGGCCAGUUUCCUGGUGUGGACGCGGCUACAACCUGCAUCUUGCAGCAGCAGGGACUCUUGAACCAGAGCUCGCUACACGUGGCGUUCCUGUCGAACUGCAUCGGUUCGCCGGCGCGGGAAGGGGGCAGCUGGGCAUGCGCCCCCGUUGCCGCGGACGUGGUUUCCUACCUGGACGCUGCCUCGCCCGCUGGCCCCGCUCCAGCGCCGCAAACCACCGACCUGGGCGCAUGGGAGCAGCAGCUGAGCCGCACCGGCGGCGUGGCCAUCCCCUCCGCCGCCGCCUGGGCGGUCAGCCCGCCGCAGCUCGAGUGGCUGGGCGCGACGGGCGCCGCUGCUGAUGUAGGGCUGGCCGCCGCCUCCGACCCCCACCUGCGCUGGUCGGACGUGCUGCAGGGGCUGCGGGGCACGGGGCUGUACGGCAACAGGGUGCUGGGGCUGCCGUACGACUGGGACCCGCCGCUGCUGUUCUACCGCCGCGACGCCAUGGUGGCGGCGGGGUUGGCGGCGGCGGCGGCGACCUCGGCGCCGCCGGCCACCUGGGAGGAGCUGUUGCUGGCGGCGGAGGCGCUGGACACACACCAGCGGGCCUGCAGCGCCCGCAGCGGCGGCGGCGCCAACAGCAGCGGCGGCGCAAACAGCAGCAGCGGCAGUAGCGGGGCGCGGGAGCCGGGCUGCUACGGCCGCGGCUUUUGCCUGCUGCUGCCGCCCGGCUGUGCCAACGACGGCGUGGUGCUGGGGGCGGUGUGGGCGUCCAUGGCCGCCACCUCGGGGCCGGCGGCGGGGCUGUACUUCACCGCGCCUGGCAUGGUGCCGCGGCUGGGCGGGCCGGCCAUGGCGGCGGCGGUGGCCAUCUACCGCAGGCUGGCGGCGCUGGGGCUGCCGGCGGUGGCGGAGGCGGCCUCGGGUGCCUCGGGGGCGGGCGGCGCGUACGCGGCGGGCGGGUGCAGCCGGCGGCACGACUGGGCUGAGGCGCGGGUGAGCUGUGCCAUGGGUAUUGCGGGCAGCAGCGUCGCGCGGUUGCUGGGCCUGCCGCCCUCCAUGACGCGGACGGCCGCGCCGCCGCCACCGUCACCCGCGCCGCCGCCACGGGCACAGCCGCCUUCCUCGCCAGAGGUAGCGGCCGGCACGCAGUCCUUGGGCCGCGCCCUGCCGGGGGUGCAGCAGGAGCAGGUGCGGGUGGUGCUUGGGCAUGACGCGGGCACGCCCCUGGGGGCGGCGUCAGGGGGCGCAAGUGCGGGCGUCGCUACUGGCAGCCUGUUCGGCGCCACAGGUAGCGGCGGUGGUGGUGGUGGUGGUGGCGCGGGGUUCGCGGGCUGGGGUAUGACGGCUGUGGCGCCGCUGCCGGGGAGCCUGUUGGUGGAGGCGGCCUCGGACGACGGGGCCCAGCUGGUGCUGCGGCUGUGCAGCAGCCAGCGCUGCCCCUUUGCGCAGCCGCACCCAGACCCCGGAUUGCUGCCGGUGGCGGCUGCGGCCGCGCGCCGCUCCAACCUGAACAGUGCGGCAGCACCCACAGCCGCCGCUGCAGGGGCGGCGGCAGCCGGUGCCGACACCAGUGGUGACCCGGACAGCAGCAGCUGGUGGGCGGCCGGGCUGCAGGCGGCAGCGCAGCAGGUGGCGGCGGCUGGCAACGGCAGUAGCAGUAACAGUAGCAGCUCUGGCAGCAGCAGCACAGCCAGCAGCAGCGGCGGUGAGGUGCUGGUGAACCGUGCGCCGCACCCCGGCCGCGGGCCCUUCUUCAUGUCGCUCAGUGCCGAGCCGGCCGGCGGCGCCGCGUCACAGCUGGCGGCCUGGCGCGCCAUUGCGGCGGCGCUGUCGCCCGCGGCCUCCUGGGCCCGCCUCACUGACCCCACCGUGUUCGCCACGCCGGUGCGGGCGUCACAGCUGGGCGAGGGCGCGCUGGCGGCGUGGGCCGCGGCCGGCUGGCACCCGGACGACGCGGCGGCAUACCUGGAGGCGCUGCGGCAGGUGGCGGCGCACCCCAACGCGGUGCCGCCGGCGGGGUUCCUGGGUGGCGAGCGAGUGACAGCGCUGAUGGGCAGCGCGGCGGCGGCGGCGGCGGCGCAGGACGGCCCCGCUCCGGCGGAGGUGGCCCAGUCGCUGCUGGCCAACCUGACCGCCGCCUUCGGCGCCGGCGGCUUCUUCCUCAUCCAGAAGAGCUACCUCACUAGCAUUGGCGCACUCAGCGGAGCGGCGGGCGCCGGCCAUGGCUGGGCUGUGGACGGCAGUCCACUGCCGGGCGCGGUGCGGACCUCCGGUGACGUCCCCCGCGGCCUGGGCGUGAAGGACCGCAUUGGCAUUGCGGUGGGCGUGGUCGCUGCGGCGGUGCUGCUGGUGGCCUCGGCGCUGUUCAAGCGGCGUGUGGUGCACUUCAGCUUCCCCUCGGCCGCGGCCUUCGGGCGGGGGCGGCGCGGGCGGCGCGGCGGCGCGACCCAGAUGCCUGGGUACGGCCAGCAGACCACGCUGGUGGUCACGGACAUCCAAGACUCCACGGUGCUAUGGGAGGCUGUGCCCGCCGCCGUCAUGGACCUGUCCCUCAACCAGCACAACCACUGCUGCCGCCAGCUCGUGCGCAAGUACCACGGAUACGAGACGCACACGGAGGGCGACUCCUUCACGCUGGCCUUCCACUCGGCUGUGGAGGCGACCUGCUUCGCGCUGGAGCUGCAGGUGGCGCUCAUGGAGCUGGACUGGCCGCAGCAGCUGCUGGAACACCCCGCCGCGGCAGCCGUCUUCCUAACCACAAAGGCAGCAGCGGCGGCAGCGGCGGCCGCCGCCGCCGCCGCAGCCACGGCCGCGGCGGCGGGGGGCGCCUCCAUCGCUGGGAACACCGGCGGCGGCGGUGGUGGUGGUGGUGGUGCUGGGCCGUCGAACAGCGCGCGCAGCACGCCGCAGAGCCAGCGGCUGGCGCUCCUGGGCUCGGUGGCCGAUGCGCAGGCGGCCGCGGCGGGCGGCGGCACGGGUGGCAUCGGUGCUGGCGGCGGCGGCGGCAGCCUGGGCGGCAGCCUGCACCACUACAGCGGCUACAGCGUGCAUCGGCCGCCGUCGUCCUCUCUGGCGUCCCUGCCCACUCCCAGUCGCGCCGCCAGUCGCUCCGUGCUGGGCCACCUCACCAACUCCCUGGGCGCGGACCGCUCCACAAACGACAGCGCCGCCGGCCCGGGCGCGCUGGUGGCGGAGGCGGCGGCACUGGCGGCGGCCGGUGGCGGCGGCGCCAGUGCCGACGCCAGCCUUGACACGGACACGGUGGGGGCGCUGGGGCUGCAGCUCAUGUCCAUGUCUUCGCGGCUGCGGCACCGCAGUAGAGUGUUUAGCGACAUGGGCGGCGGCGAGCUGGGCGUCGUCGGCGGCGGCGUGCUUGGGCGGCUUACCAUGACUCCAGCCGGUAGCCGCGCUGGCAGCCGCAUGGGCGGCAGCGCGGACGGCAGCGGCCUGCGCAGCCGCGGCGGCAGCCAUGCAGACAGCCGCGGCGGCAGCCGUGGCGGCAGCCGCGGCGGCAGCGGCGCGGGCAGCGGCGCCGUCAGUGGUGCGGGCAGCGGCGCGGGCAGCGGCAUGGCUAGCGGCAUGGCUAGCGGCAUGGUCAGCGGCGCGGUGAGUGGUGACGGCAGCUGCACGUCUCCGGAGCGCCUGGCCAGCCGCAGCUCCCGGCGCAGCGGCGUACUGAUGGGUGCGGUGGGUGUGGGUGCGGUGGCAGGUAGCGGGGAGUUCGCGCGGCGCAGCCGCUCCUCCUACUCCUACUCCCACUCCUACUCCGCCGCCGCCGCCGCCGCCGCCGCCGCCGCGCGGUCCAGCACCGGCGGCGUACCGAUGGUGCCGGGCGGCGCGGCCCGGGCGCCCUACGCAGGCGACUUCAAGCGCCCCAGCCUGCAGCCGCGUGCCUCCGACCCGGUAGGCGGCGGCGGUAGAGCAGCUGAAGCCGCCGCCGCCGCCGCUGCGGCUGUGUCUGCCGGCGUUACGGCUGCGCCUGGAUCACCGCUUGCGCCGCGCUCCGCCUCCGCGUCGCGCCCCGCGACCGGUCCGUCCCAGCUGCAGCAGCAGCAGCAACAGCAGCAGCUGCUGCAACAGCAGCAACAGCAGCAGCAGCUGUCGGUGCUGGGCCGGCGGCCGUCCAUGCCGCUCAUGGGUCAGAGGCCCCGGGCGGCACCACACGGCAACCUGCACGCCCAGCUGCAGGCGACGGCGUCGCAGCCGCCACCCGCGCCCUCACCGCUCAGCGGCUCCGGCGGCCUGUCGCCGCCGUCCACCUCAGCCGCCGCCAACGGCGCAGCCGGCGCGGCCGCGGCCGCCGCGGCGCUUGCGCAGUACACGCCUGUUGCCGGCGCGCCGCUGGCUCGGCAGGGCUCGCUGCAGCCUCUGCCGCCGCCGCCUGCACUGCAGUCCGGGCACCGCCGCCGCUCCGCGCUGGCCAUGGGAAGCAACAGCAGCGGCGGCACCCUGGCUCCGCCGGGCGCCUCCCCGCUGUCCCCGCCGCAGCACAUCAGCCCGCCGCAGCACGGCGGCGGCAGUGCGCGGCUUACCUCGCCCAACGCCGGCGACUGGGCCGUGUCCGCCAGCGGCGGCAGUAUCACUGGCGGCAGCGGCUUCGACGUGCUGCUCCCCAGCGGCCCCUCCCUGAUCGGCGCCGCCCCCUCCCGCUCCAUGAGUCGCUUCGCGAUGGACGCCGGCGCCCUGGCCGCCCGCUCGCCGUCCCGCAGCUGGAUGGCGGCGGCAGGGCUGUACGGUGCCGGCGGCGGCGCCGCCGCCUCGCCGCAUGCCGUGGAGGAUGGCGGCGCUGCAGGCGGCGGCCGGCGGGCUGGCGGCGGCAGCGGGCGGCCUAGCUACAGCGGCGUCGGGGACACCAGCAUCGGCGGCGGCGGCGGCGGCCACUUCCACAGGCCCUCCCUGAGCGGCCGGAUUCCGCACUCGCCGCUGCGGGACGCGACGGCGGCGGGUGCUGGCGAGUAUGAGCUGCGGCGCCGCCAAAGCCGCUCCCUUGACGGCCACGAGGCCUCGCCGCUGGGCAGCCGCGCCGGCAGCUACACUGCAGGGCACCACCACCAGGGCGCGCCGCCGCCGCAGCACGUGCCGCCGGUGCCGGUGCCGGGGCACAGGCUGGGCGGCAGCCGCGCCGGCAGCCGCCGCGGCAGUCGCAUGGGCAGCCGUGCCGGCAGCAUGGUGCUCAACAUUGCCGCGGUGGAGGCGGCGGCGCUGGCGGCGGCGGCCCAGGCGGCGCAGGCGGUGGCGGGGCCGGCGUCGGGGCCUCCGGCGCCGCUGCGGUCGGAGGUGCUGCGGCCAGGGCACAGGGGCGACACGGGCGUGCAGGUGGAGGAGGUGGAGGAUGAGGACGGGGAGGAGGCAGUGGUGAGCGGCGAGCUGCCGGGUCUGCGUGCCGGCGACCAGUCCGCGCACAUGCACGGCGGCCGGGCGGCGGAGUUCCUGCUGAGCAGCGCCAACCACGGCUGCGGCAGCCAGGACGGCCGCACAGCCGCCGGGGCGGACCACAUAGGGGGCGGCGGUGGCUUCGGCGGCGGCUUCGGCGGGUCCGGCGAGGGUGAAGGCGAGGGUGAAGGCGAGGUCAGCAGCGAUGGCAACGCGGUGACCGUUGGCAGCAUUGCGGCACGUCCUCCGCCCCGCCUCCCAGCCACCGGCGGUGCCCCUGCCGGCGCGGCGCUGCCGCCGGCCUCCCAGCGUGCCGCCAUCAGCGGCGCACAGGCGGCCACCGGCAGCCAGGCCGGCCCCGGCAGCGCCGCACCCACCGCCGCAUCCACCGCCGCCGCCGCGCACCAGUCCAUCUCCCUGGCGAUGCCGACCGCCCUGCUGGGCCCGCGGUUCACCCGCCGGUCGCACGCCCACGCGAGCAUGGAUGGCAGCGCCGGCGGCAGCGCUGGCACCUCGCUAAGCAACGCGCGGCCGGGCGGCCUGACCUUCAUGGUCGCCGUCUCCGCCUCCGUCGCCUCCACCCUGCACGGCGGCUCGCAGGGCGAGGGCGGCGGCGGCGGCAGGGAGGCGGGCUUGGAUGCGGCGCCCGAGGGCGGGGCGUCAGGCAGCACUGCACUCGACUACGCCUCUGGCAGAUCACACAGCGCUGGGGCGGCGUCGCUUGCGGCCGCGACGGCGAGCGCGAUCAACCAGAGCCGUGGCGGUGCGCAGCGGCCUCGGUCGCCGCCGUCGGUGGCGGGGCGAGCUCAGUCCGCGUCCGUCACCGCUGCACAGCUGCACGGCUCGCGCUACGGCGAUGAUGGCCGCGGCGCGUCGUCAUCGGUGGGCGGCGGUAGCGGUCCAGUGCCGUUGGCAUCUGGGGCUGCGGCCGGCGGCGCGGCAGGGCUGUGGACCGUGUCUGGCGACAGCAGCGGCAGGGUGGCUGGCCGGGCGGGCGGUGCAGGCGCAAGCGACACGGGCAGCGUCCUGCGCAGCCCAUACUCAACGGCCAGUGCCGUUGGCACCCAUGGCAACGGCACUGGUCUGAUGGGUGCCGCCCCCGCCUUAGCCUCCGAGGACGCCGCCGGCCGCAUGCAGCCGCACAUAUCGCCCGGCGGCACAGGGUACCACCUGCCGCCGCCGCCGCCCGCCUACGGCGGCGCGGGUGACCCCCCUGGCAUGGGCAUGGCGCCAGUGCCUGCCGUGGGCUUUGGCGCGCCCGCAGGCCUGGCCUCUGUGUCCACUGUCGCCAGCGGCAGCGGACCCGGCGGCGCCGGUCCCGGCGGUGCCAGCGGCGGCACUGGCGGCGGCCCGAGCGGCGCGCUGCAGGACUCGGUCCGCAGCCUGUCGCGGCGGCUGUCCGGAUCCCUGAGCUACGUGCGUAUGGCGCUCACCGGCGCCGCCGCCGCCGCCGCCGCAGGCGCGGGCGUGGGCGGCGGGGGCGGCGGCGCGGGCUCGGCCGGCCCUGGCGGCGGCAUGUCCGGCUACAGCGGCGCGGGCCUGUUGCGGCUGCAGCUGGCGCCGCCGGGGGCCAGCAGCGGCGCUGGUGACUUCCCGGGCAUCACCGAGGGCGAGGAGGGCGGCGAGUCGCCCGCCGCCACCGAGGCAGACGCCGGCGGCGCCUCGCUGAUGCUGGGCUCCGGCCCCUUCGUGGGCGCAGUGGGCGGCAUGACGGCUGCCGCCGCCGCCGCCGCCAAUGCCGCAAGCGGUGCCCGGGGCGGCGAGCGGCCUUCCAGCAGCAGCCGCUUCUCCAAGCGCGGCUUCUGGGCGCGCGGCAGUCACAAGGUGGCGCGCUCCUUCGCCACGGCGCUGCUGUAUGAGACCCUGCGCGCCGCCAGCAGCAACGCGCUGGGGGCGGCGCCCUCGUCGCAUCACCAGCACCCGUACCAGCAGCAGCAAGAGCAGUACCAGCAGUACCAGCAGUACCAGCAGUACCAGCAGCAGCAGCAGCAGCAGCAGGCGGCGCAGCAGCAGGGCUACUCGUCCCACACCCACCCACAGCAGGUGGGCAGCGGCGGCGAGGAGCCGGCGGGGCCGCCCCAGGCGGUGCGGCCCGCGUCCAUGAUCCUCGGCUCGCUGGCCGCAGGCGCGGCGGGAGGCGGCGGCGGUGGUGGCGGUGCGUUUGGUGUUGGCGCAGGGCCGUACUCAGGCGCGUAUUCGGGCGCCUACUCGGGCGCCUACGGCCCGGGCGGCGUGCUCACGCCUGAGCCGUCCGUGACCGCGGCCGUGCACUCGCCGUUGGAUGGCGGCCGCAGUGGAGGCGGCGGCGGUGGUGGUGGCGGCGGCGGUGGAGGCGGUGGCUGGGGCCGAAUGUCGCGGCCGACUAGCUGGUUCGGCGUGGAGGCGCUGGCGCUGCCGGCGCGGGUCAAGAGUGGCCACCAGCACCUGCCCGCCUCGCGCUCCGAGCACGGCGGCUCCCGACUGCACGCGGCGGAGCCGUACCCGCAGCACCCCUACCCCUACCCGCAGCAGCAGGGCGCGGUGACCUCCCCCGGCGGCCAGCGCCCCAGCUGCCCCGAAGCCAACCCCCUCUACCAGCACCACACGCACGCCAGCUUCGCGGGCGGCGCGGGCUCGCCCGUCGCCGUGGGGCCGCCGGCGCCGGUGCAGGUGCGGUUGUGGGGCGCAGGCGGCGGCGGCGGCGGCGCGUGCCUGCCGGAGCGGCUGCCCGAGGACGAGGCGACGCCGCGGCAUGCGGCGGGACUGGCCGGCGGCACCACCGAUGAGCAGCCCGAGGACGAGGACGGCGGCGGAGUGAUAAUGGCGCUCUCGUCGGAAGCGGAUGCCGGGCCGGCGGCGUCGCAGCGGCCCAGCGGCAGCCGACUGCGGAGCAGCAACAGCCGCGCCGGCAAGAGCCGCCGCUGGCUGCCCAUAGGCCGGCAGAGUAGCACCAAAUCGGUUGGUGGCGGCGGUGGCGGCGGCGGUGGUGGCGUUGGCGUUGGUAUUGGCUGCGGCGUGCUGGCAUCUGGCGUGCUGGCACGGCUGCCUAUCCCGCUGUCGCUGUCGCGGCGGCGGCUGUCGAACCCGGGUGGUGUGGGUGUGGGCAGCGCGGGCGCAUCCAAGACCGACAUGGCGGGUCAGGUGCAGCUAUUCAGGGGCUUCCGUGUGCGUGUGGGCAUCCACUCGGGGCUGGACGAGGGCGCCGACGUGUUCUGGACCAAGCGCUCCGGCCGCCGCGCCUACUCCGGCUCCGCCAUGCGCCAGGCGCGGCUGCUGUCGGACGCGGCGCUGGGCGGCAUGGUGGUGCUCAGCACCGCCUGCCUGGAGCUGCUGCGGCCGCUGCCCAAUGAGCGGCUGCCGCUGGGGGCCAUGGUGUGGCACAGCGGCAGGUUCCGCCUGGGCGACCGGGAGGGCUGUGUGGACGUGGACGUGUUCCAGGCGCUGCUGCCCACACUGCUGCCCAGGCUGCAGGCCUUUCGCGGCGAGCCGCUGCGCGUGCUGGCCGCCCUCAUGCCGGGGCUGCUGGAGGCGCCGGUGGGGCCGGUGGCGCUGGCCACCUGCCAGGUGGUGGGCGUGGAGGUGCUGCGCGCCUGGAACGCGGCGGUGGCGGAGGAGGCGCUGGAGGCGUUCCGCUGGCAGGCGGCGGAGGUGGUGGCGGAGCACGGCGGCACGCUGGUGGAGCUGGACGGCGGCGGCGCGGUGGCGGCCUUCACCAGCGCGUACCCGGCGGUGACCUGCCUGCUGAGCCUGGAGGACGACCUCAAGAGCUGCGUGCCCUGGCCGCCCGCGCUGCUGGAGCACGAGCUGGGCGAGGAGAUCUGCUGCGUGCUGCCGCCCGGCCCCGACGGCGUGUGCGUGACACAGCUGGUGCACUGCGGCCCGCGCGUGCGCUGCGCCGCGGAGUGGUUCGCGGACGUGCGGCUGGACCUGGGCGUGACGCGCGGCGUGCAGCUGUACCGCAACGCCGGCAGCGGCAAGCCCUGGAAGAACCUGCAGCGGCUGCUGAGGCAGGCCAAGAUGGGGCAGACGCUGGUGUCGGGCUCCAUCCAGCGGCUGCUGCAGGCCAGCGGCGGCCCCCUGCUGGAGCACAUGCAUGUGGAGCCGCUACUGCCCAGCGCAGCAACAGCAGCCGCACGCGACGGCGGCGGCAGCAGCCUGCACGCCGGCGGCGCCGUCACCGCCGACGGCAUGCUGAGCAUGGCCAUGGGCUCCGCCGCGGGUGGUGGCGGCGGCGGCGGCGGCGGCAUGGCUUCGCCGCGCACGCCGCGCCUGGGCCGGCAGCGCAGUGUGGAUAUGCCCCUGAUGGUGGGCGGUGUCGUGGUGAGCGGCGCAGGGCUGCUGGGUGCCGGCGGCGGCGGGGGGCCGGAGCUGGGCCGAGGCGGCAGUGGUCUCAUGGCCUUCCUAGCGGGCCGUGCCAGCAAUGCCACGACCGCCACAGGCUUCGGCGCUGGGGUGGGCAGUACAACCGCAGCCGCGGCCGCAAAUGCCGGCGGCGGCGGCAGCGGUCUGGCGGCGGGCGCCUCCAGCGCCGGCAUUGGUACGGGCCCUGCGGGUGGCGGCGGUGGCGGCGGCACUGGCGGCGGCAGCGGCCUGGGCAUGAUGGCUCUGGCGGGCUCCAUGUUCUCCGCCAUGACGGCGGCACUGUCCAGCCAGUACGGCGGCGGAGAGGGCAACAGCAGCAGCGGCGCAAUCACAAGCCCGGGUGGCGCCGGCGGUGGGCCGGGGGCGGCGGCGGGGGUUGCUGGGGUGCGUCGCGGCACCAGCGGAGGCGGGGCCGCGGGCGGCAGCCAGCGCACAAGCGAGGCCGGCCCCGCCAGUGGGCCCAAGCCCGCGCUGCGCCGGCAGAACACCGCGUCCACGUCCGCCCCCAGCGCCACCGCUGCGGCCGCCCUCGCGCCCGCAUCCUCGGGCGCGGCGCCGCAGGCGCCACCGGGCGCUGGCGGCGGCGGCGGCGCUGAGGUGGAGCUGUCGCGCCUCGUGCCGCCGGCCGGCCCCCUGCCAAUGUCGGGGUUGCCGGAGGCAGCGCAGGCCAUGGCGCUUGAGCGUCUGGCCCGUGAGGAGCCCGAGGGCUGGGGCCAGCCGCCCCACACGCCGCCACUGGCGCCGCCGCUUCUGCAGCCGCUCGACUCGGCCGGCGUCAGCGGCUCCGGGCCGCUGCUAUCGUCGCCCAACAACGCAUCCGUGCCUGCGGCCACAGGAGUUCGCGCCAUCGCGCCCGCUGCGGCGGCAUGGCAUGCGGGCGGUACCGGCCGGGAGGGCCGCGACAGCGGCGGCAGCGCCUCGCGCCUUCGUGGCAGCAGCAGCGAAGUUGGGGGUGGCGGCACGGCCGCCAUGCACCGGAUCUCGUCGGUGCAGGCCUGCAGCGGCAGCGCCACACCGAUUCCAUCGGCGCCAGCGCUGCGUGUCGCUGCUGCUGCCGGGACCGGCACUGCCGCCGCCGCCGCCGCGGCCGCCGCUGCGGGCUCCGGCGGCAACUCGUCCAACCCCUCCGACCUCUCCGACUUCGACCGGGACUGGCCGCCGCACGCCCCACUGCCACCGCUGCCGCCCGCCCGCCCCGCCGUGUCGUCUGGGCGUGGCGGCAGCGGCAGCAGCCGCGCGCCCGGGCAGCCCGCCGUCAGUGCCGCUGCCUCCGGGCAUGCCGCUGAUCCGCACCUGCAGCCGCUGGAGGUGGUCGUGGUGGUGUCGCCCGCCUGCGCGGCAGCUGACGGCCUGCUGCCGCCGCGGCCCAGCCAGGGCAGCACCGGCACCGGCGCGGGCGCGGGCGCGGGCGUGCUGCCGGGCCGCAGUCGCCUGGCGUCCGAGUCGCGCGAGCCCUCCAUCCGCCUGGCGAGGCUGGCCCCGCCGGAUGCAGGGGCAGCGGGCUCUGGGGCGGAGGCAGCGGGUGCAGCGGGGCAGGAGAAGGGCACGGCGCAGCAGCAGGAGCAGGAGGCGGAAGUGGAGGAAGAGCAGGAAGAGCAGGAGGGCUCUCUGCAGGAGGAGGAGGCAACCAUGGCGCUGAGGGAGCCACCGCAGCCCUCGCCAGCGGUCAGCAGUGCCGGGCCCUCCCCGCGCAAGCCGGCUGCCAUGGCCGCCGACCCAGCUGCCGGCCCCGCCGCGGCUGGGACCGCUCCUGGCGCCGCCGAAGUCACGGCGCCCGGAGAGAUGCCCUCGCAAGAGGACGGGUCGGACAUGGCUGUUGUACAGCUGUCACCGCGUGUGUCAGUGGCCAUAUCGGCUGUGUCGGCGACGUCGGCCUCAGCCUUGGUGCCGUCAGAGGCAGCCAGCGCCGGGGCCGGCGCCGCAACCAUGAGCUCGCCGGUCCCGCAGGCGGCAGGCGCCGCCUCCCCGCCUCCGCUCUACUCGCCGCCGCUGUCGCCUCCGGGCAGCCAGGGCCACGCCUACGGCUACGGCGGGGCCGGGGGGUCGCGGGGCGGCAGCAUGCAGCGGCUGCAGCAGCAGCUCCGGACGGCGCAGCAGAGCCAGCCCCAGCACCCGCAGCAGCCGUCCUGGUUCCAGCGCCGCAGCAUGCAGCGGGGCCAGCACGCCGACGCCGGCAGCGGCAACGCAGCGGCCGCGGCCGCAGCCGCCGCGGGCUCCUCGCCCGUCUCGCUGCCGCCGCGCGGUGGCUCGCGGGGGCAUCAGCAUCAGCAGUCGGAGCCGCUGCCGCUGACUGGCGCCGCAAGCGGCAACAGCCAGCUGCACAGCCCACCCAUGGGCGGCAGCGGCGGUGCCUACGUCUCUGCCUCCGGCGACCGCCCGCGCCGCGUCCUGGAGGACAUGAUGGCCGCGGCGUCAGCGGCGUCGGCUGGCGAGGCAGCAGUUGGAGCCGGAUCCCGGCCGACCGGGCCCGCCCAGCGGCACUCGCCGUUUGGCAACGCCGCCUCUGCCGCCUCUGCCGCAGCAGCCGCUGGAGGCAGCGGCCAGUGGUACAUCACCCCGGGGGCCGCAGCCAUCAUAGGCAGCGGCGGCGGCGGCGGCGGCGGCUCCACCUCCGGCGCGGCCCUGCUGCCGCCGCGGCCGCUGCAGAAGCAGCUGUCGCUGUCUCAGGCGGCCCUGCACUCCCCCAGCCCCUACGCCACGUACGCGCAGCUCACGCCGGCCGGCUCGGCCGCGUUGGGCAGCCACCCCUACCUGGACCUGGCGCUGGUGGGCGGAGACGGGGUGGUGCUGGCGCCCGCGACGUCCACGUCGCCGCUGCCGCUGCAGCCCGCCGGCGCGGCGGUGGCGGCGGCGCCCGCGCACCUGCCGCCGGUGUCCGCGGGCGCUGCUGGUUCUGGUAAAGUGCCUCAGACGGGGGCGGCGGCGACGGUGGCGGCAGGGGUUGUCGCCGGGGCUCCUGAGAUCACUCCGGACCUGCCCGAGGGCGGCUCGGUGGCGCUGCCCGCCCUGGCGCUGCCCGGCGGCACUGCCCACCAGGACCCCGCAGGCGCCACAGGCCCCAGCGCGCAGGCAGGCGCACAGUCACAGCAGCAGCAGCAGCAGCAGUCCAGCGGCUGGCAGUCGCGGCCUGCCGCCCACCUGCACACCCAGGGCGCCGGCGCCGGUGGCAGCGUGGGCCGCCUGCCGCUGAGUGUCGCGGUGGCGGCGCCCGCCGGCUGCGACUCGGCGGCUGCGGGCGGCAGCAGCGAGAUCCGCGACGCCGCUGACGUCACUGACCUGGCGGCGGCGGCGGCGGCGCACUUGCACCCGCACCCGCAGCCACGUGGCCGCAGCCCCCUGGCCAGCCAGCCGCCAGUGACUGCCUUCAGCGCGAUGCCGUCGGCGCUGUCGCCGCUGCCUGCGGGCGCAGGCGCGGCGGCGGCGGCGGCGGCGGCGGCCGGUGAGGCUCCGGUGGUGAUGUGGCGGCGUGCGCCCACGGCAGUGCAUGCGCGGCGUGCUGCGGGCGCUGCAGGCGCUUCGGGCGGCGGUGCGGCGGGCCCCGGCGGUGCGGUGGUAGGCAAGUAUGCGCUGCCGCCGCCCCCUUGGCUAUCAGGCCUCCAAGACGCGACCAGCGGAGGCGUGCAGUCGUACCCAGCAUCACUGGCGUCGCCGCUAGGGCCGCAGCAGCUCCCCACGCCCGGCGGCUCCGGCGCCGGCGUCCUGGCGCGCAACCACACGCUGUCCCACCGCAGCUACACCGCCGCAGUGCUCGCCGCGGCCUCACCCAUGCCGUCCAUGUCGGGCGCGGCAGCUGGCGCCGCUGGCGGCGGAGGCAGCGGCAUGUGGCCGGCGCAGGCGCCCACUGCCCCGGUGCCGCUGGCGCAGGUCCGCGGCCGCAGCCGGGGCUUCGGCCUGGGGCAGGCCCUGCCGUCGCCGCUGGUCGUGCCGGACAGCGACGGCAACACGGCCGGCGCAGAGAUCGCACCAGGCGGCACGGCCGCGGCGGCAGCAGGAACCUGGGCCGGGGGCGGCACACAGGCGCAAGAGCGGGAGCGCGGCAGUCGGCCCACCCUCCGCGGCUUGCUGGUGGGGUCAGGGGCGGACGCGGGCGGCGGCGGCGGUGCGCGGCCGGAGCGCAGUCCUCGCAUGUCGCUGUCCAGUCGCUUGCUGAGCUCGGACUUUGCGGAGCGGGCGGACCGCGGCGCCAUCUACGUGUGCCGCUGGAAGUGGGUGGUGGGGCCGUGGCAGGUGCAGGGCCAGCAACCCUCGCAGCAGCCCAAGUGAUGGCAGGGCCGCAGGGCUGCAGGGUAGUAAGGGAGGCGGGUGGCGGGAUGGGGCGGGCCAGUGUGAAGCCGCAGUUAACACGGGCAGGUCAAACCGUUUGUUUAUUCGCAAUACGGUACGGUACGUAAGAAACAACAACUGAAGAACCCUGCUCGGCAGCCCUCCCCCCAUGCAUUGGAGGAGAUUGUGCAAUGCGGCUUGGCAGCCGGGGUGGUCGGAAGGAGGUUCAGCCCGAGCGACGGCGUGUGGCGGUGCACGUGACGCGGCGGUCUAUUAGUCAGCUCUUCAAGGGCGGCGGCAUACAGGGCACGUGACGUGCCGUGUGCACACCUGGCAUAUCUAGUCGCACUGCCGACCUGCAAAUGGGCGGCGCUAAUUAAGCAUACACGCACUUGCUGAUUGCUGCUACCUUCAUGAACACUUCAACAGAUUGGACGGGGCGGUGACAUGUGCGACUGGCUGGGCAGAAUACGUCGUCUGUCGUUCUUUUGCCGUCUCCCAUUCAAGAUGAUUGAACCUUUGCUUCUACGUGUGUGUGUCUAUGUGACCUGCCGCCGUCAAUAGGUGCGCAGAGCUCGAGACCGAAAUCAACAUACCGAUACGUACUGUGGCUGUUGAGCAUUGUGGUGUGCGUGGUGAGCAUUGUGGUGAUUGUCCUCUUCACGCGGCACCUCGCUGCUUUGCGGGAGCACUCGGUGGCUGUGCGCUUCUGGGUGUGAGUGUGCCAUAUCAAUGAUUGAUGGCUGCUGACAGCUGCGGUGAACGCAGCAAGGACAUGCGCCUGCGUGUUCAGGUAUCUCCUCAGGUGAUAAGUGGACUGCAAUUCAUUGAGGGCUCCGAGUUGCUUGAUAGACUGUAACGUGAUGUUGACGUCACGGUUGACGUGCUUUCCUGCACGGUCUCAGCCUGAUCAGCUCACAGCCUUUAUCAAAAGACCAUCCAGCGGUCGUUGGCGACCUGAGACUGCCUCUGAACUUUGGAGCCAGUUCGUGCUCGGGAGUGCAAGAGAUGGAUGGUGUCAAAACAUUUUGCAAACUGCGAGCCGCAAGCCAAUGAUCGGUCUUAUGGCUAA